UGUUUAAAAAAAAAUUCCAUGAGCGAAUAAUUAAACCUAAGAGAUUUCAGAACAUCUCUUACAGACAUCCCUAAUGAUAAAAAAAAAGUAUAAAAGCCAACCAGACCUCAUAAAUUCAGUUGAGAUCACAAACAGCUCUGAUUCUGUUUAUUUGUAAGAGACUCUCACUGUCAUUCCUGGAGCAAGCACUGGAUGGAUAUUGAAGCCUAAUGAGUUGUAAACCGUUUAAAAUAUUUAUUAAUAUUGUUUGCAGUUUGCAAUGCACUGUCAUUUGUUUCAUGUGAUUUGAGGUAUCAUCUAUAUACCAUGAUGGAUAACAUGUCUUACCCUGUGAUACUGACUCUUAUGGUGCCCAAAGAAUCGAAAUCAUAUAGGCAUGCAUAUUUUAUCUGCUUUCUUGCCUUAUAUGUGCUUAUAUUGUCAAUAAAUAUUCGUCUUGUUAUGGCCAUCAUCACGGAGAAAUCUCUUCAUGAACCAAUGUACAUAUUUUUGGGUAAUUUGUGUAUAAAUGGGAUUUAUGGAGCCACAGGAUUCUACCCUAAGAUGUUGUCUGAUUUAAUAUUGGAUUCAUAUGUGAUCUCCUUUCAUAUGUGUGCUCUGCAGAUAUUUGUGAUUUACAGCUCUUUACUGUGUGAGUUCACAAUCUUAACAGUGAUGUCCUAUGAUAGAUAUGUAGCCAUAUGUAAACCUUUAGACUAUCAUUCCAAAUUAACUAAAAACACCUGUGUGAAAUUAAUUCUGUUUUCAUGGAUUGUUCCCACUUUUUCUAUGUUAACUGCCAUUCUGUUAUCAAAUUUAAGGCCAUUUUGUGCCUAUCAUAUAGAUAAAUUAUAUUGUGACAAUUGGUCAGUUGUAAAACUGUCUUGUGCUUCAUCUUUUGUUAAUAAUGUUUAUGGAUAUAUUGGUGCUGUUAUAUUUUUUAGCUUUGUAGUAAUUAUAAUAUUGUCCUAUAUUAAACUGAUCACUGCAUGUAAAAUAUCUUUAGAAAACAGAAGGAAAUUCUGGAAAACAUGUCUGCCACAUAUAUUUUCACUGAUAAAUUUAACUUUUGCUAUGCUUUUUGAUAUCACAUAUAGCAGAUAUGGUUCUAAUGACAUUUCAGAGAGUUUGCGUAAUUUUUUGGCUCUAGAACUGGUGAUAGUCCCACCUGUGUUCAAUCCUCUUAUCUAUGGGUUAAAUAUUAAGGCAGUGCGCAAAAGUAUUUUUUCUUUGUUUUGCAUCAAGAGUAAAUGUUUUACAUGCACCAAAUAGACGAAAACAUAAUUAAAAACAAUAGUCAUGACAAUUGGGUUUUCAUAUAUAUGAAGCAUGACAAAAAGUGGGAACAAGUGUGUUUUUAAUGAGCGUAUUACUAACAAAGUGUGAUAUAUGUAUAAAUAUAUGUAUCUUCAUUAAAAACCCAAAAUAUGACUAAAUAGAGAAUUGUUUAACAAUAUCAAUUCCCCUGGAUCAUAAUGAUCUCACGGAAGUAUUGCCCUCCAUGCCAUGCCU